AUGUAUAAUCCUUACGGCGAUGAACUGGUUCGCACCACCUGGGCCAUCGGGGCGGUCGCCCUUCUGAUCAUCGUAUUGCGAGUCAUUGCCAAAAUCCGUCUGCACCAGCUAGGGAUAGACGAUUAUCUCAUGCUUCUCGCCCUGGCCUGCAUGUUUACCGGCAAUGUGAUGGUCACCCUGGCUGUGCACUACGGUGUGGGCCGGAACAUCGUCGAUCUCUCCAAAUUCGAGGUCAUCCAUGCCCUGAAGUUCGAUUACUUUGCUCAGACUUUUGGGCUGGCAGGCUCCUGCUUUAGCCGUGUCGCCUUCAUCUACUAUCUAAUCGGGCUACUGGCCACCAAGAAGAUCUAUCGUAACAUCCUCUGGAUACUGAUGGGCUCGCAAUUUGUCUCUCAUUUCCUCUGCAUUCUCUUCAUCUACAUCCAAUGCCCCACCAAUGUACAAGCUAUAUGGGAUCCCUAUAUCGAAGCCAACUGCUGGCCUAGCCACGUGCAGUCCGACUAUGGAUACUUCCAGGGCGCCCUCAACACGGCCACCGACCUCUAUCUUGCCGCCUUCCCCACCUACGUCUUCUGGAGUCUGAAGCUCGAGCUACGCCUCAAGAUCAGUUUGAUGGUCCUGCUCAGCCUGGGCUUGUUCGCCAUGGGUGCUUCCCUUGUCAAAACCAUCCAGGUUCACGUCCUCGCCGAAAGCUCCGACCCCACCAUUGUCACAGUGACACUCGUUCGCUGGCUGUAUAUCGAGAUCUAUCUGGUCAUCAUCACUGCCUCGAUUCCCACCAUCCGCGUCCUCGUCAUGUCUGUGCGCAACCUCUCGUCGAACCGCUCCAACACCCACGAGCUAAACUCGCGGUAUGCUGAGAACUCACGCUCGGUACUUGAUAGCCACAAACGUGGCUCCCGGUCACGAAUGGGAGGGCUGUACUCGAAACACGUAGACGAGUCAGGGGACGGAGGGAGCGAGGAGAAUAUUCUCGGCGAGCAUGGGAUCACCAAGUCAGUUGACAUCCGGGUGACGGUAGGUGUAAACAAUGAGUAA